AUUCAUCAAGUUUUACUUAUGGAUCAAGAGAUAGAGAUUCCUACUUUUUUCUUAUGUCCCAUCUCUCUAGAUAUCAUGAAGGAUCCGGUGAUAGUCUCCACCGGAAUAACCUACGACAGAGACAGCAUCGAGAAAUGGCUCUUCACAGGUAAGAAAGAUUCAUGUCCGGUCACAAAACAAGUCAUAACCGAGACCGAUCUCACACCAAACCACACUCUCCGCCGUCUGAUCCAAUCUUGGUGUACUCUCAACGCAUCCCACGGCAUCGAGACAAUCCCAACCCCUAAACCUCCAAUCUCUAAAUCCGAGAUCGAAAAACUCAUCAAAGAUUCUUCAUCCUCACAUCAAAACCAAGUCAAAUGCCUCAAAAGACUUCGUCAAAUAGUCUCGGAGAAUAAUACGAACAAGCGGUGCUUAGAAGCCGCAGAAGUUCCCGAGUUCUUGGCAAAGAUCAUCAGAAACUCAGUAGAUGCUUCAUCGAAUCUCAAUAAUAUGUGUCAGUCAAACACGUUGGAGAAUAGGUUUGAUUCUCUGAGGAGCUUGACGGACGAAGCUUUAUGUUUACUCUAUCAUCUCGACGCAUCGGAGACAGCCCGCAAGAGUCUUUUAAACAACAAGAAGGGAACAGAUCUUGUGAAGACGUUGACCAAGAUUAUGCAAAGUGGGAUCUACGAGUCAAGAGCCUAUGCGACUUUGCUUCUCAAGAAGAUUCUUGAAGUUGCGGAUCCAAUGCAGAUCAUAUUGUUGGAACGUGAGCUUUUCAAUGAAGUGGUUCAGAUCUUGCAUGACCAGAUCUCUCACAAGGCAACGAAAUCAGCAAUGCAGAUCUUGAUGAUUGUAUGUCCAUGGGGAAGGAAUAGACAUAAAGCUGUGGAAGCUGGAGCUGUCUCCAUGAUCAUAGAGCUUCUAAUGGAUGAAACUUUCUCAUCCGAGAGAAGGAGUUCAGAGAUGGCGAUGGUGGUUCUUGAUAUGUUAUGUCAGUGUGCAGAAGGAAGAGCUGAGUUCUUGAAUCAUGGUGCAGCUAUUGCGGUUGUGUCUAAGAAGAUAUUGAGGGUAUCUCAGAUAACUAGCGAAAGGGCGGUUAGGGUUUUGCUUUCUAUUGGAAGGUUUUGCGCGACGCCAAGUUUGUUACAAGAGAUGCUGCAACUGGGAGUUGUGGCUAAGAUGUGUUUGGUGCUUCAAGUGAGUUGCGGGAGCAAGACUAAAGAAAAGGCCAAGGAGUUACUUAAGCUUCACGCUAGGGUUUGGAGAGAAUCACCUUGUAUCCCAAGAAAUUUAUAUGCUUCUUAUCCUGCUUGAACAGCAAGAUAGAUGUAUAUUGGUACGUUAACUCUCAUCAGAUACAAAUAAAUGAGAGAUAUUCUUAUAAGUUCACUCAAAAAGAAAAUUAGAGUGCUUUAUUUUUGCUCAAAUCAGAUUUUAUUUUGCUUUUGUUGUAUCUUUCAAAGGUUCAUCAUCAUGUAGAUAACAAUGGGAAUUUUCAAGAAAUUAUGAGAUACUGCAAAGAAAUAAA